GUUCGAUUUUUGCACAUAUCCAACUCAUAUAUAGAGUAUACACCAAACUCAAGAUAACAAAACAAAAAUGGCUUCUCCCUUGCUUCCUCUUCUAAUACUAGUCAUCUUCCAUGGCUACACAUCUCUUGAAGCAGCAUCACAGGCACCACCAUCGCCGCCGCCACAGCCGCCAUUAUCAGCUGCAGCAAGAGAUUUCCUAGCUGCACACAACCAGGCCAGAGCUUCAGUUGGUGUCACUCCUCUAAAAUGGAGUGAAACCCUAGCAAAUGCAACCAACAAGCUAGUCAGAUACCAAAGAAACAAAAUGGGCUGCCAAUUUGCCAACUUAACUAACAGCAAAUAUGGUGGAAACCAAUUAUGGGCCAGUGGCUUGGGUGUCACUCCACUGAUGGCUGUUGAUAAUUGGGUUCAAGAAAAGGUUUAUUAUAAUCAUAGUACUAAUACUUGUGUGCCAAGUCAUCAGUGUGGUGUUUAUACUCAAGUUGUGUGGAGAAAAUCUUUGGAGUUGGGGUGUGCUCAAGGCUUUUGUGUUAAGGAACAAGCUAGUUUGACUGUUUGUUUUUAUAAUCCUCCUGGUAAUUAUGUAGGUGAGAGUCCUUAUUAGCUAGAGAGUUAAUUAAAUAAUUUUAGUGGUUUAAUUUAGUAUUUGUGUUAGUGUUUUGUUUGUGAAAUGGAUUUUAAGAUUGAAUGUUUAUGUGAUUUGUGAUCUUGGGUAGUGAUUAUGUUGUUAAUCUAUGUCUUAAUUAUGUUUUGAAGUUUUCUUUAA